CUUUUAGCCUUCACACAAAAACUCACUGACAAGAAUGUACAAAUCCAGAGUCAGCUUUCUGCCCUGCAAUCUAAGACUCAGCUUUUGGAGCUUGAACAUGGGGAGUUGAAGUCAGAAUUGGAGAACAUUAAGGCGCAGAGGAACAAGAUCAAGACAGACCUUACCAAAGAGAAUGAAAUGCAGAAUGCUCAAGUGGAAGACUUAACACGGCAGCUUGCAGAGAAGAGUGAGGAAUUGAAGCAGCUAACGACCAAGGCAUCAGACUUGGAGAACGAAAUUCAGGUCUUGAAGAAAAAGCACAAUAAUUCCUUGAAGGACAUCUCCCGAGAGAUGCAGAAACUCCGCAAGCGUCUGGAACUCCAUGAGAAUGGAAAUGGGAAUGGCCCGGGUGGCAAUGGUGGCGGAGCGAGUGGGAGGUCUUCACAGUCUGUGACACCGCACGAUACUCUGUCCCAGGGGUCACGGGCCUCCUCCAAUGCCUCCUUGAAUAACAUUGAGUAUCAGAGCACCAAUGGGAGCAGUCCACAGUCUCAGGAGAACCUUCCUUCACUGAAUGACCCCUUAGUGACACAGCAGCUCCUGGUCGACCGUAUCAUCAAACUGCAAAAGUCGGCAGCCAAAAAGGCAGAGAAGAUUGAGUUCCUUGAAGAACACGUAGCACAGCUGGUCUCAGAGCUCAAAAAGAAGUCACGUAUUAUCCACCACUACAUCAUGAAAGAGGAGGCAGGAGCACUGGCCAACUCAGCGUCAGACACCUCCAAGGCGGAACUGAUGAAACACGGAGGGAUAAUGGCCUCGGUGUACGGCUCGUCUGCGCGGGACGACACGAUGACCCUCGACCUCUCGCUGGAGAUCAACAGGAAACUCCAAGCUGUCCUUGAGGACACACUGCUCAAGAAUAUCACACUUAAGGAGAACCUCAAUACCUUGGGUGAUGAAAUAGCCAAGAUCUCCCUCCAAAACCAGCAGCUGGAAACUCGGAAAUAGGAGAGUUGGUGCAUCUUUUUCUCUGCGUGAGAGCAAGACAUAACUCACAGUGUGUACUUAAGAAAAGACUUGUAGCUCUUCUGAGGGAGAGUAGACUCAUAUGAAAUGUCUUUCUUUUAUUCUCUCUUUUUUUUUCAAUUAUUUAUUUUUUUGUUUUGAAGUGCAAGAUUGGUUCAGCAGGCCAUAGCCCUGUGACUGGCCCUUGCCAGAAAGUCUCUCAAGCACUGCCGUUUGUGCAUUCCUUGGUGUGUUUGUGUGCAUGGGUUUGAUGUGAAUCAUUGCUCGAGAAAUAAGGCAGCCAAAGAGAGGAAAGCUUCUUUUGUUUUUUCUCAAAAGGUCAGUAAGGUUUGAAAUAUUAUUAGUAAGAACUCAUUGUUAAGUUGUUACAGAUAUGCAUUAAGCUAUUGCAGUUUAAUGUAACGUACUGCAGAAAAUUUGGUGUGUUUUAACUAACAACUUAUGAUAAAUCUUGGUUUUAACAGCAGUUCUUGCAUGGCAUUUCCACUUGAGAAGAAAACAGUCUUAACUCUAAUGAUUCCCUUUGUUGCAUAUCUCAGCUCUUUUUCGUACUUAUAAGUCGUUGUUUUAUUAAGGCCUGAACCCCCUCUCCCCGCCUCCCUCUUGGUGUGAAGGAAAGUAACUUGACUACAUUUCUCAUAAUCAAGUCCAGUUGCUAGGUGCAAGCAGUUAGCUUAGACAUGUGUGUUUGUGUGUUUGUAGUAUGAAAGAGAUCUGAUUUGAGGAAAAUAAGAAUGAUCAGAUUUUAUACCAACACUCUAUGGUUUUCUCAACUCUGCUUAUUUCUUGUGGGGAAACUGCAACAUUAGUGCAGAGAAACUAGUGAUAGUAGGAACACCACAAAUCUUUGUGGUGUAGUAGAUUAUAAUCUGUAAACAGUAUUUAUUCUGAUUGCAAAACAUAAAUUACCAUCUGAAUAAUCUGAAAUUUUGCAGUUGAUACCUGAUUAUUGUAAUUAAGUGUGUCUCUUGGAAGUACUUGUAACUGUUAUUAGGGUGAAUGCAGACAUUACAGGUAAAAAAAUAGUGAGGUAUUCAUUAUUUUAUUCAAUAUUUUUCUUUUAUCUUUAUUUUUAAAAAGAAAAAAGGAAAAGUCAAAAUAUCUGUUUAAUUGUAUGUCAUUGCUAUGUAUUUUUGUGCUGUUUUAUCAACUCUUCUCUCUUCUCUUUUCCUUAACCUUCCUCCUCGAUUUCUUCUAAAUCUUCAUAUUCUACUUCUCUGUUACGUUUUUUAUGUGACUGCCUCAUUUACAUUCUGCUUUAAGGAUAUGAGUGCAUAAAGAUCAAAUUAACAGUAUUGGUUUAGGCCUUAAAUAGACUUUUAUGGUUUGAGGAAGUGUCUUAUCAUAGAAUAUAUUUUUUAAGAAGUUGAGCAAAUCUUAAAAAAUUAAUGGGUAGUUCAGUGUUUCAUUCCCUAGAGUAGGCACCAUAAUAAGAUUACGUGGUCUUAUUGUUCCACCAGUUUUAUUCCAGUCUGAGCAUUUUGAUGUUGAGUUUACAUCUUCGAGUCAGAAUAUUUGGAACAUGGAUAUAUUUCCUAAUCAUAGUAGUGGUAAGGCAGGUAGGGCUAAUGCAGCAUAUAAUUCUUGUAAUUCAAGAGCAUUAUAAACAUAUCUAAAUUGUUAGAUAGAUGUGGAUCCAGAUAGUUAUUUACAGCUUUUUUUCUUUUUUUUUUUUUGUAAUAUAUUUUUAAAAUAUUUUUUAGGUAUGUCUGCGAUUAUCAUAAUUAGUAAAGUGAAGUUGAAAUUGUAUGAUAAAUCAGUGCUCCAAAUAUACAUUUCAUAGCAUCCUAGGACCCAAUUCCUUUCUUGACUGUUACCUGUCUCUCCUUAUCAUGUCUCUGAGUUUUGGCAUCUGGUUGCUAAUGGCUCAGAAACAGCCUUGAGUCUUUUGCUGCCUUCAGUACACUCGCAUAUCAUUAGAAGUUUGUUGAGGUGCAAUCUACGCUGAUUUGCAUGCGAUUUCAGUAGUCUCUCUUGUUUUGAUGAUUUGGGGAAAUGCUUUUUUUUCAUGUUGUUGCUGACUGAUACAUCAGUAAUGGACUAAUGCAAAUGCUCUAAAAAACUAAAGUAGGCCUACUUUUCCCUCAACUCCUUUCAUGGAAUUCUUUCUUUAUUACUAAUAUAAGGCAUGUACUUGAUACUGAGAUAGUGUAACUGGUUUCAGGGAAAUUUACUUCUUAUUGUGCAUCAUAAUAAAGGGGAUGUUUUAAGGGAUGAUCCACCAAACAUAAAAGUAUAAAUAAGUUCAAUAUCUUGACUUCUUUUCAAGGAAAUAAUUAGAACAAUAGUUAGCAUCAUGUACAGAAUAUGUAUACAUAUACUUUAAAUUUCCCAUAUUGCAAAGAGGAUUUUUAAAUACUUUCUCUGUAAAGAGGAGGAAAGAGAACAAAUGGAAAAUGUGAAAUAUAUCUUAUGUACAGGAAAACCUUAUAUUUUAGAGCCUGAUAUCUUGAACUCUUUAAAGGACUGCAUUUUCUUUCUUUCAUUGUCCAUGCAAAGACUUUGCCUCAGUAAGCCCUAAAAAAGGAUUUUAGCUUAGCUGUUUUUGGUACAGGUAAUAAUUAUUGCAAUUGGAUUUUCACAUAUUCAAAAUCUAAUUUGCCUCUGGCAUUUCAAAUUAAUUCAUGAAAAUUCUCUUUCCAUCCCUAAAGUAUUCUUUUUCUUUAUUUCUUUUGCUAUUUAACUUUUUUGUUUUGGCAGAAUCAAGUAAGAGCAUUGUCAUUAUUUUGAUUUACUCAUAACAAACAGUAGGCUUUGUAAGGUUUCUCAACAUCUCCAAAAAUGCAGUAGACUACUCAGGUUGUUAAUUCACCUGGCUGGCACACCUCGCUGGUCUCAGUGUAAGUUGUAUUUCCUGGAGAUCUGGCUAUUGAUUCAUAUUGAUUCUGUGAAUUCAGUAUAAAGUACAACAUCUAAUUUGUUUCAAGCACUAUAACUUUAUUUGGGUCAUUAUAGAUUUUUUUUUUUUCUUUAUUUCAUAAUCUUUAAUUGUGGGAUCCUAAAAGGUGAUCCCUCUUUCCUUCAAAACGACACCAAAAACUAAAUUGACUGAAUCAUAAGAAUGAACAGUUGCAAAAUACUGUAUCUUGUAAGCUUUUAUCUUUUGUAAUAAAAGAAUAAUAGUUAGUAUUGAAGAUUAUAAAUUUGUAAUAAAAAAAGCUUCAAUAUGUGAGAUAUAUCCUUACAAAACUGUUGUGCAUUGAUUCAUUAUAAUUCAAGUUGCUUUCUUGAAAUUAACAAGUUAUUUUGUUUCAGUCAAUAUGUAUUCAUAAAAUCCCAGUGAAAGUAAUUUAAGUUAUUCACUGCAGUAUUCAAUGAUUCUUUUCUCAGAAUGCUGGCAAGAAAACCCAUCAUUUUUAAAAUAUGAUACCUUAUUUUGUAUUUUAUUGUUGAAAGGACUAGUAAUGUAUUUUAUGUUCCAUAAAUGAUUUGUGUAGAUUCUGGAAAUUACUUCUGUAUUUAUAUUUAGUUGUGGUUGAUUUUCAGGGAAAAAAGAAGAUUAAAAGGUUAGUUUGGUUAUACAUCAGCCUACCGAAACUCGUCAAAUUGGGCACAUUCCAUUCCAGUCCAACAUGUAAAUAUUUCCCAUUAUUCCUUUUGUCCUGUCUUCCAAAGAUAAUGUUGCAAGAUGUUGUCUUACUUCUGUAAUGAUUUGGUUUGUUUAUUCUUUGUUAUUUCUUUUUUUUUGUCAUCUGUUUUGUCUUGUCUGUCCUGAAGGCUGUGAUGUACUUACGUAUUAUCAACAUAGAAUUGGAUAUUUGGGUUGAUAAAUAAUUUCUCAUUCUUUCUCAGUAUGAAAACAGAUUUCCUUGUUGCUCCAUAUAACAAGAGGAAAUCUGAUAUGUGCUAGAACAAACUGUACUGAUGAACAAAUUUCCAAAGUCAUUCUCAUUUUCUGUGUUGAUUUCUUCCUCCAAAUUCUGAUUUAUGAUUUGGAGGAAUAGCUUUAGUUUCACAAGUGCAGAAAUGGUUGUGUACAGGCAUAACUCCUCAGUUAAUAUAUACAGCACAGUGUAUAUUAAUUAGAUCUUUAAUUCAUCUGGUCACUUCUGGAAACAUUAUAUUGCCUAUUUUCAUCUUAAUUUAUAGCAACAGAAACCAGCUUUCUUUGUAUGACCAGGCAAUUUGAAGGCUGUUUUUUUAUUAGUAGCAGGAAAAUAGGGUUUUUCUUUUAUAAUCACAUGCCAAUAAUCUCUGUCUGGUUGAUGUGCAGAGGGAGUGCAAAUUGAGUUCAAAAGUGAGAUACAAAAUUGAAUUAUAUAUUUUUCCUCUUCCCUAAAUAUUGCUCUGUAAAUUAGAAACCAAAAUCUUUGGCCCCAGAAACUUAUGUAUAUGAAUGUAAAAAUAAUUUUAAUAAUGCUAAUGAAAAGUAAAUAAAAUAUUUAAAGUGUACAGUGUUGUCUAAGACUGCACAGUUGUUAUAAUAAAAUAAAUCUGUGUUUUAAUA